GUAGGUACCUAGAGAGUUCGCAGAGUCAGGCCUGUCCCAGCAGGAUGUUUCCAGUAAGAUAUUACAAUAGUGUAGUUUAAUUCCAUAGAUCAUUCGUAUAAGGCUGGGGGACAUAGGGACCUGUGCUUGGUCAUCUUGCAGACAGUACACCCUCUCCAUCUCACGAUAGAUGUUAACUCUGUGUGUUCCUCCAGCUCGGUCUCCGCUGUCCCUGGAGGUCUCUGAUAGAGACCUGUCCCGGGAGAACUCCCCCCUCCACACACCCGAGAGCAGAGGGUGAGAAAAGAGGGAGGAGAAGAGGGGAGGAAGAGAGUUGUAUAUUGUGUACAACUGGUAGUUACAUAGUUGACACCUGAUAAUGUCAUAUUGUGUUGUGUUCAGGUCUCCUGUCCCCAGGUCAGUGUCCAAACUGAAGGACAUUCCAGAGGAGGGCGAGGGACUGCUGGAGAGAGAUGCAGAGGACAUACCCCUGGCUGAUUUAUUAGCAGAGCUACUGGACGCAGUGACAGAGCCUCUUGAGGAUCAUGAAGGGGUGCUGUUCCACUCUCUGCUGCCCCCACUGGCCCAACGCAGUAGUGUCACUCACUCAUUCUGGACCCUACUGGAGAUGGUAACUGCCAGGAGACUCUGUGUGCAGCAGGAUGAACCUUAUGGUGACAUCAUCAUUUCACCUGGACCCAACUAUGAGGAGGGGAAUGAGAGUGUGUAAAACACACACACACACACACACACACACACACACACACACACACACACACACACACACACACACACACACACACACACACACACACACACACACACACACACACACACACACACACACACACACACACACACACA